UAAAAACUUGUUUCAACAUUGCAAGUCAGAUAUGUCUACAAGCUUAGUACAGGGCGCAAGCAGAGGGUUGGGAUUGCAGUUUUGUAAAAGCUUGCUUGACAAAGGGUCCAUCGUCAUAGCUACCUGCAGAAAUCCUGAGAAUGCGUCAAAUCUGCAGAAUUUGCGCCAACAAAAUUCAGAAAAACUUUUCAUCCACAGGCUUGAUGUAACGAAUGAAGAACAUGUAGCGCAAGUUGCAAGUGAGGUACAGGCAAAGUUUGGAAAACUGGAUUUAUUAAUAAACUCAGCAGGACUGUUGCACCCGUCAGGCAGAGGAGAGACAAGCUUGAAGGAUGUAACUCCAAAGGGGAUACUAGACACAUUUUCAACUAAUACAGUGGGUCCUUUGGUGAUGGCCAAACAUUUCAUGCCACUAUUGCAGAAGGGAAGUGGAAACAUUGGAACACAACAUCCAGAUCCCAAAAAUCAGCAUAAGGCAGUUCUAGUCAAUAUGUCAGCCAAAGUUGGAUCAAUAACAGACAAUGGUUUAGGAGGGUGGUACAGUUAUAGGAUGUCAAAGGCAGCUCUAAACAUGGCUAACAAGAAUCUCAGCAUAGAGCUAGGGCGUGGAAAGAACAAAGUGAUAUGUGUGGUACUGCACCCAGGGACAGUGGACACAGACCUGUCCAGGCCAUAUCACAAGAAUGUACCAGAAGGAAAACUUUUUACUGUGGAAUACUCUGUAGGUUGUUUAUUAAAAAUUGUUGAUAGCUUAAGUUAUUUAGAUACUGGCAAAUACUAUUCAUGGGAUCACAAGGAAUUGCCAUUUUGAUGAAAAGAGAUAA